CCCGGACUAGAGGCGGCGGUGUGGGAUGAAAGGGGGGAUCCCGAGCGGGACUUGGACGGACACUGCUACGGAAGACUUUUCCUCGGAGCUGCUGCUGCUGCUGCUAAGUCUCCGAUCCCGACUGUGAACAGGUCACCCUAAAGAAUGGCCGAGCCUUCUGGGAACGAGCUGGCGUCCGCGGCUGCCAAGGGGGACCUAGUGCAACUUACUAAUUUGUUGCAAAAGAAUGUAAACGUCAAUGCACAAAAUGGAUUUGGGAGGACUGCGCUGCAGGUGAUGAAGCUCGGGGACCCCAAAAUCGCCAGGCGUUUGCUCCUCAGCGGGGCCGACCCCAACCUGAAAGACAGUACUGGCUUCGCCGUCAUCCACGACGUGGCCAGAGAGGGGUUUGCGGACACUUUGCAGGCUCUGCUGGAGUUCCAGGCCGACGUCAACCUGGAGGACGCCGAGGGCAACCUGCCCUUGCACUUGGCGGCCCAAGAGGGGCACGCGCCGGUGGUGGAGGCCCUGCUGGCGCGCGCCGACUGCAAGGUGGGCCACCGCAACAAGCGGGGGGCGACCGCCUACGACCUGGCCAAGCUCUACAAGAGGUCCGCCGUGGUGAAGCUCUUGGAGGACAGCCGCUGCUGCCCGGCACCCAUGGAUUGAAGCCCGGCUCCGACGUGCUCUCCUCUGGACGUUAAGGCUUUC